GGGAGCCGAAAGCAGAGGCCAAAAUGGCGGACGAUUUGGAUGAGUUGCUGGACGAAGUGGAAAACAAGUUCUGCCGCCUCUCGCGGAGAGACUGCGCGGACAGGAAUGGGGCCAAGGGACGGGAAAAGGGACGCUUCCGGGAAGAGGAAGGAGGAGAAGGAGGAAGAGAAGGGGUGGAGGCGGCCGCGGGGGGAGAGACAGCUCGAUUUUCCAAAGAUGCUAACGAAGAAGAAGAUUUAGAUGACAUAAUUAAAGAUAUAAUUGAUGAAAAGAGCUCUACCCAAAGUCUUGUGAAACAAACAUCUAAGUCAUCCAGCCCUGCAUCUGAAAACAAUAUUACUACUGUUCAAGCCCAUGGUAAAAGAUGUUGUCCAGUAUACCUUGGCGGGAGCACUGCACCGAUUGGUAUUGGAACAAGUAUUUCACAGAGAACGUGUGAUAGGUUACGUUGUACUGCCUGUGAUUUCCGUGUUUCACAUUAUGAUGACUAUCAGUGGGACAAAUCAUGUGAUUACCUCUUUUUCAGGAAUAAUAUGCCUGAAUUCAGCAAGCUGAGAGCAAAGAUGCUAAAGAAGAAGGGAUCGCGGGCCUAUGCUUGCCAGUGCGCUUGGAGAUCUAUAGAUGGACUAACAGACCUCUCUACAGACAGACAGCUCCGCUGGGUUUGCAGCAAGCACGUCCAAUGAUAUUUUUGUCUUCAACCAUUUCCCUUCAAAUACCUUCUGUUCCUUCUCAGUGAUAAAUGCAGUGUGUUCUUCAUACAAUUAGACCUUGUUGCUAUUCCAAAUAUAGAUGGAGCACUUUGCCUUGUCUCUAGUUCCUUUGCGAACUAACCUCACUGGGAAGAAUAGCAAGUGGAAGACUUGAGGUCCUGCUGUCUGGAGAAUGAAAUGGGCAAGGACAGGUUCACAUAAGGAUUUGAGAUGACGAUAUUAAUAAAAAUCCUUAGAUUUCACAGCACCCUCCACUAAAUAACUAGAAAGAGGAUAAAGCUGAAAGAAAGUGAAGGCGAUGUCAUAGAAGGCAUCUCAAAUCUAGAAGAAACACACAAAAAAUAAAGUAUAAAGAAGCUAAUGAUUUGACUGGUACAGUUUUUACAGUGAGCUUGUAAAACUGAAAAAUAGUUGAGCAUUAUCGUAGUCCAUUCAAGAUUUUAAUGGUGAGGUAAUGAUGGAAUAAGAUAGCUUCUAGCAUUCUGCUGUUGACGUCUAUAGUCAAAUUAGUGCUGUUCUAGAGCAGAACUAGCAGAAGCCAUAAAAUUGGCAGCCUGAGCAAGAAGCUGAAUAGCAGUAUCAGGUGAGGCUAGGGUUAUAAAAGAUACCUAUCUAAUUCCAAAUCAUGUUGUUAGGCUGCAGUUCAAAUGAACUUUGAGCAAGGAGUCAUUCCCACUGGACACAGUAGUGCAGGUUGAGCGUCCCCUGAUGGGAAUUCCAAAAUACUCCAAAAUCUGAAUUUUUCCAGAAUGGUGACUGAGAUACUGAUAUCUUAAUUUUCUGUACACAAUGUUGUUUCAUUCAUUAAAUUAUUAUUAAAAAUUACCUUCAGACUUUGUGUAUAAGAAACAUAAAUUAAUUUCAUGUUUUGACUUGAGACCAAUCUCUGAGACAUCACACUAUGUAAAUACAGAUAUUCUGUAAGCUUAAUUUCAUUUUAUGCAAUGUAACCCGAUCAGAACUGAAGUGCAAACAUUUUUGAUAUGCCUUUUAAAAUGAACAUUUGGAAUCUAAAAGUAAACAACACAGAAACCAUUCAUUCCUAUUUUUCUGUAAUGCUACAACUAUUAAAAGCUAUAUUCUUGUUA